AUGAAACUAAUCGAAAUUGUUCAAUUGAUUGAAGCAUUCUAAAAGGAGUAAUACUAUCCUGAAAUUGUAUACCUAUUAUCUAAAAAUUGGAUCUAAACUUUUAUAAAUUCUGUCAAAUUCGAUAACCAAUAAAAUAUCCCAAUGAAGCCAAUAAAUCACGAUAUUGUAGAUGAAACAAAAUCUAAUGUUCUCUAAUAUUAAGAUGAUAUAUACAAUUCAUUUUUAAAGGAUAAUUUACGUCGAAAUGUUGAUUACAUUUACAUAAGCCAAUAAAUAUGGUCACAUCUAAAUUCACUUUAUGAUGGGUACUGUAUCAAAAGAUAAUUGAGAAAUUUAAAUUAAAUCAAUGAAUUCAUCAUUUUUCACUUUAUCCCAGUCUACCAAUUCUAAUAGCACUUUAUUGAAGGAAUCCAAUAAUUUGAUUCCAGUUGGAAUAUGUCCUAAAUUAUAUCCCAUCUAGAAAAUGCAUUAUAAAAUUAGUUAUCAUUCCAAACACCAAAAACAAAUUUCAUAUCAUUGUAUACUCUCAAGAAUGAGAAUUAAACUAGUUUUGUUUAAAUUGUAUAAGAAGUUAAAGAAAAAAGGAUUGAAGUAGAAAAUAUAAAAGAAAUAACUUAAUUGCGUAAUAAGAAAUACAUAUUACUGGAUAUUAAAUUGUUGAAUAAAGGUUUCUUUUUUGAAAAGACUUAACAGAUAAAUCAAGACAAAAAUGAGGGUUUAUUAAAUUAAGAAUAUAUUGAAAAUUGUAGGAGAGGUCUAUCUUUAUUUGAGAAUCAAUAAACUUUAUUAAGUUGCAUGCUUAAAUGCUACGAAAACAUUGAUGCAAUUAGAAAUGAAAUACUUUGUAAUCUAACAUACAAAUACUAGAAUUUAAAGUAGAUUAUACAAGAAUCAUAUUAUGGAUUUACUGAUUAUGUCUAUUAUGAUUUGAUGGAUUAUGAGUUUUUAGAGGAAAAAUAAGUGCUGAUCACUAAAUCAAGAUAUGAUGCAGUUUAUAUUUACAACAAUGAAAACAGAAUCAUUAUUAAUAAUUAAAGAAAUAUUAAAUAGUUAGUGGAAUCUCUAUUGAUCCACCCUUAAUUAUAAUGUGAUUUUAAUUCAGUCUUGUUUGAGUGCAGCAAUGAAUAUUAUACUGAAGAAAUCGAUUUUGCAAAGCCUGCUUAUAGUUUGAAGGAAGGGUAUAAAUAUUAAUUGAGGAAGUUAAUGUGGUAAGAACGCAAUAUUAAUAAUGAGGACAAAAUAGAAAUUCGAGUUCAUCAAUGCAUAUAUGAAAAUAUUGGUUAUCAAUAAUACAAGCCUUUUGCUGCGAUAUUAAAAUGCUAUAUAAGUUAGUAGGCUAAAUUCUCAGAUUUACACUUAUUAGUAGCUAACUUAUUUGAAGAAAUAAAUUUUGAAAAUUAUAAAGAAUUACGAUUGAAUAAGAGAUAUAGUUUAUAUUUCUAAACGGAUUAAUAAGGCUCAAUAAAAUGUACAUUUUGUUAGUAGAAAUUGUGCAAUAAUUGUUAAGUGCCAUUUAAUGAUAAAUCUUUGAAAUUUGGUAGUAGGGUCAUUAACAUAUAUGUUGUAUAUGAAGAAAUGCUAUCUGUUACUUCUGCUUAUUAGCCAGAAAUAUUUGAUAAUUAUUUCCUUAGGUAAUAUUUUGAAGUGGAUUGGGCUAAGGAUAAAAUUCUAAUUUUGAACAUAAAUUAAGAAUAAAUAAAACCUUAUAAUAUUAAAUAUUAUUUUGAUUCACAUCUUUAUUAGUUAUAAGGAAUAAUUGAAAAGGUAUCAUAAAAUGAAUAUUAAUGUUAUUGUCUGAAAUAGUAAUAAUGGUAUAAAUAUACAAAAAAUAAAUUCUAGAUGGUUGAUCAUCUGGACGAUGAUUUGAAUGUUGUUAAACUGUUCUAUAUAAGAAAAUGA